AUGAGUCAAAUGGGUGCUCUUGCUUUCAUAAUGUCAAAUCCACUCUCGCCCCUCUCAUCUUCCUAUCAGAACGCACGCGCACAAUCUCAAAUGGCGAAUUCUUCGCCCUUUCUCCACAAGACCUUUGACCAGUCCUCAGAACAUGUUGCCCCUUCAAGUCCAUUGAAGAAAGGAUGGACAAGCCACGCCACGCCGAGCCCGAAAGCCUAUGAUGAAAACGAAGCCCACUACCCUAACGAACCCGAUAACGAGUAUGAACACGAGAAUGACGAUUUCAAUGAUGCCGACUCAUAUCAACACGGUGCCAGUUCACCGUUCCAGUUUGAUGGACGCGAAGAUACCGUGGAUUUCCAGAAGCUGCACGAGAUGCGACAGACCUCGUCCCAAUCACACCAACAACUUGAACCGCUAGAGGAGGAGAGCCCUGUAAGCUCUCCAUUCCGACCACAUGCAACAGAGGAUACAGGUGAUUUCCGAGGGUUGCGUGAAGUGCAGCCCAUGUCACCUGGCUUGGACAAGCGGCUGGCUCUAGAGGAGCCAAUGAGCUCUCCCUUCCGCCCUAACGCCAGUGAAGAUACAGUGGAUUUCCAAAAUAUGCACGAAGAGCAACAGUCGUCUCCUCUGCCAUACCCACAACUUGAGCCACUAGAGGAGGAGAGCCCCGGAAGUUCCCCGUUCCGACCUCAUGUCCGAGAAGAGACAGUGGCCCAUGUCUCCUGGAUUGGGAAGGCGGCUAGCUCUAGAGAGGAUCCCGCGAGCUCCCCGUUCCGCCCUGAUGCGCGGGAAGAGACGGCCGACUUUGAUCGCUUGUGCGAAAUGCAGAAUGACUCGCCAAUUCCUAAAUCGCGGCCAUUGCCCGAUCCCGCUAGUUCACCUUUCCACCAUGAGGCAAGAAACAUAACAGCCGAUCCAUCGGAACUAGAUGAUAUGCAACAAGAUUCCCCGAUGGUGUCUAAGGAUUCUUCGCCUAUUGUGGUACCGAACUCGCCCAUCGGCCCUGAAAUACUAGAGCCGGCGGCUGAUUCACCGAAGCUGCGCGAGUUGAAACAAGACUCACCGGUGGCAUCUAAGCGUUCAUCCUUUGCUGCGGAAUCGAGCUUGCCCGUCCGCGGCGAAGCAGCAGAGGCAAUUGAUUCUCCCAAGGUACAUGCACAUGCAGAGUCACCAGUAGCAUCCAACUCCUCUUCCCCUAUUCCAGUACCUACUUCGUCCUUCCGGCCGAGUCCCAAGGAAAGCACCCUCGAUCUUCAUAAGUCGCGCCGGAUUUCUCGUGCACCACUUGGGGUGAGUGACCAGCGCUCGGUUGCUGCAACUCCCCGCAAAAGAUCAUAUGACCAAACACCCCAGGAUCUGGAGGACGAUUUACAGAUGCACGAGCGCCAUAAGAAGGGUAUGGUGAGUCGACCGGAUGCACCAGCGAUUCACAUCGAUGCCGCAGAGGAGCCGACUGUACUCCAUGACCAGAGCGUCCUCUCUGCUACAAGUGCCGUGCACGACCGAUCAGCAAUUGGCAACAGCAUGAUAGAGGACAGGCACAAUGAAGGGAUGAGCACAGUACUUCAUGAAGAUGGCGACAAAGAGAAUAUCUCACACGAGAAUUCGAUGGUCGACGACUCAAUGGAUGACACUUGCUUGAGUACAUUCUCCGCCAUGCCUGAUAUGACUACAUUUGCAAAGCUUCGCGCCCAGUCGCCGAUGAAAUCAAUGCGAGACAGUGUCGCCCCCAGCCCAGCUCCCACUAGGGACGGGCAUCGACACAGUGUCGAUCCAACAACCCCAGACACAGGGCGCAGGGGAUACAGAGCGGGUGUCUAUCUAGAUGGAAAUUUGCCGAUGGGAUCGCCUACACCGAGACCCAGAGGCCCUCGGGACAUGGCUCAUCCAGUUGACUCUACCAAUCCGCUUGACUUGUCCGAUCAAAUGAACUUCUUCCCUCGUCAGUCCAUGCAAAGUACGCGUUUCUCCCCCUCGCGGCGUUCGCCUAUACGAUCUGCCCGGCAAUCCAUUCGAUCUCCCGGGAAGAUGUCGUCACUGCUGGACUUUGAUAUUCCGGCUGCACCUACCCCUCGAUCCAUUCCCACGGUUACUCCCCGUGAAUUGGAGUCACUGAAGUCCGGCUUUUUGUCUGACAUAUCUUCGCUCAAGGCUACUCUCAGUGGCAAAGAGGCCGAGGUAGCCAGCCUAAAGCAAGCAGUGGCAGAUGCGGAGAGACGAGUUGGCGAAGCGCUGGAAGAAGUGCGCAACGAAGCCGCCGGCAAAGAGGUGCUGGAGAUGGAACAGGCCGAGUGGGAACGCCGAGUCAAUGAGAUGGAAACUGUUCUGCGGUCUGCCCGCUCCGAACUACUGGAGGGAGAGCGCGAGCGUGACCGUCUGUCCCGAAGGGCGGAAGAGGCCGAAAAAAUCAAGGAAACUUUGGAAGGCAAAGUUGUCGAGCUCGAAAGCCAGCUUUCUGCUGCACGUGCUGCAGCUGUGUCUAACACUAGUAAAGCUAGCUCAUCUCACCAGUCUUCCAACUCCGCUGAAGAUACUGCUCGCGAAGUUCAGGAUGCCGUGGAAAAGGUCGCUCGUGAGCUUCACGUGCUCUACAAGGGCAAGCAUGAGACCAAGGUUGCGGCCUUAAAAAAGAGCUACGAAUCUCGCUGGGAGAAGCGUUUGCGUGAAGCGGAGAAGAAGCUCACUGCUGCACGCGAGGAGAAUGAACAUCUCCGUGUCGAACGUGAUACUGCGAAAUCCGAUUCAAUGGGCGCGGCUAACAACAGUUACUUCGCUCGUGAGAAUGACGAGCACGAGGUCGAAAGGCGUGUCAUGGAUGCCCAGAUCAAGGGUCUGCAGCGAGAAAUGGCUGCUCUGAAGGACGAUACCGAGCGUAUUCGUGCAAACCUGGAGUCUGAACGCGCUGAGAAGGGCGAGCUUGUUGCCGCUGUUGACGAGUGGCUAGCCAUGCAGCAGGCGCCCGCCCCAUCUCAGCCUCGAGGCCGCGAGCCCUCUGUGGCAUCCUCUGUGCACAAUGACCACAUUGAUGAACCAGCUCAGCCAUCUCGCGAAGUCACCCCUGAUGACUUCCGUCGCAGUGUCAGCCGUUCUAUGUCUGGAAGCAUCCGUCCUCCUGCCACUACGGAAAAGAGGAUCCCUAGAUUCGGAGCUCCCGGGGGUCAUUCUCGUGGUAAUAGCGGUGGCAGAUCUGGCAUUGCAAUGCCUACUCCCGGCCGAGGCGGGAUCAUGAGUUCAAUUGAGCGGAUGGGCCGUGGUGGUGUUUAG